CAACUCAAAACCUAUAAUUAAUUAUAAGUUCGCCAUGGAAGAAGAAAAGAUGAUCCAGUCCGCCGGCGCCGGAGAAGGAAGGAAGAUAGUGGUGGCGGUGGACGAGAGUGAAGAAAGCAUGCAAGCUCUUUCAUGGUGCUUCACAAAUCUCGUCUCUGAAAACAGUACAAACACACCCACAACUGUUUAUCUCCUUUAUGUUAAACCCCCUGUUCCUCUCUAUUCCUCCAUUGAUGCCGCCGGGUAUUUAUUCUCUGGAGAUAUAGUGGGGAAGAUGGAAAAUUACAGCAAAGAAUUGGCUCAUUCUGUUAUGAACAGAGCAGAGUCUGUCUAUGGAAACUUCAACAUCGCUGCAGCCAAUAAUAUAAAAUUGGAGAAGAAGGUUGGAAUGGGUGAUGCGAAGGAGAUGAUAUGUUUUGCUGUUGAGAAAUUGGAAGCGGAUGUGUUGGUGAUGGGAAGCCAUGAUUAUGGAUUCUUCAAAAGGGCUUUGCUUGGAAGUGUUAGUGAUUAUUGUGCUAAACAUGUUAAGUGUCCUGUCGUCGUUGUCAAGCGUCCAAACCAUUAACUUUCUGUUGUAAUAAAAUAGCUUCAAUAUAUAUUAAUGAUUCCAAUUGGGUCU